AUGCCUGUAAGUAAAAUACUUUUGGUAAUGUCGAAUAUUGUGACAUUGUUGGUAGAACAUUUUUCAUAACCUUUUCAGAUUUUUCUUAUCUACGUUUUCUGUCUAUUAAUUUAUUGCGAGAACUUCUUCCUUAAUUAUAAUUUUCCUUCUUAUUUUUCUUAUUCUAGGCAUAUCAUUCAAGCUUUGUCGAGAACAAUGGAAACGUCGGAAAUAUGGCACUUCUGCCAAUUAGAACCCAUUUUAGGGGUCCUGCACCACCCUUGAACAAUAAAGAUUUAGAUAUAAUUGAUGAAGCAUUAUAUUUCUUUAAAGCGAAUGUGUUCUUUAGGACAUACGAAAUUAAGAGCGAAGCAGAUAGAGUUUUAAUUUAUAUUACGCUGUACAUAACAGAAUGCUUGAAAAGAUUGCAGAAAUGUGCAACUCAGGCUCAAGCAACGAAUGAAAUGUAUUCUCUUGCUAUUUCAAAAUUUGACAUUCCUGGUGAUCUUGGUUUUCCUUUAAAUUCUGUAUACGCGAAACCAAGUAAUCCUGUAGAAGCAGAUACUAUGAGGCAAUAUUUGCAACAAAUAAGACAAGAAACAGGCGUUAGACUUGUAGAGAAAGUAUAUGGCGAAGAUGGUAAACCAAGUAAAUGGUGGCUGUGUUUUGCAAAGAAAAAGUUCAUGGAUAAAUCGUUAUCUGGUCCUGGACAAUGA